AAUGAUCAACGAGUGAGCGAGCGGUGUAGAAUUGAGCGGUGUGACGUCACAUCGGAAUCAGAAUUAGAACUCUAAAUUACGGUCUCCAAGGGCAGAAAUCAAAUAAUGCGGACAGAUUUAUAACUUCCAGUUCCUGCAGAUAAAGAAGUUUUAUUGAUCUUACAGUAGAUAGAAGCCCCGUCAUUACACCGUGAGGACGUUCCUGCAUCGCGAUCAGCGUUUUUAUCGUAAUAUAUCAAUCAGAUGCAGGAAUCGAUGAAAACUACAAGGCAGCUUCCGGUCAGAGGGUCCAAGAUGAGCGCCGCAGGACCGAGUAGCAUUCGCAGACAGGAUGAUGUCAUACAGCAAACUCUAGCACGUAAACCUCCAACUGGGAAAGUCCAGCAGACGUCUCGGGUCUUCAGCAUGUACGACGUCUCGACAAACCCCAAAGAGUCCGUGCCCUUUAGUAAAGCGAGCGGAUACGGAUCACGCAUGAAGCUCUCGGGUGAUCGCGGUCAAAGAGCCAGUGCUGGACCUGCAGCAAAGGGGCCCAGGAGAGAUCUGAUCAGAGCCAAACUCUCUAUGGAGGAAACCGUCCAUGACUCUCAGAUCAAGUCGCCUGACAACAGGUUACCUGGCAAGUUUAUAAUGUCUACCCCUAAGGAUCUGAGCCAGAUGACUAAGAGACUGGAUGAAGGUGUGAGACCUUCAGCAAAACCUAAGCUUGAAGUAAAGGAUAUGACUCCCAGAGAUAUAACUGUACAGAAAAAGCAGGCAGAUCGAAGCUUGAGGGACGUCCCGAAGACGGAUAAAACCGUCGAAGAUAAAACUGAGGUUAAACCUGAGAACAAAGUGCUUAGAGACAAAAUUGCCCGAGAUAUAGUGCAUUACAUACAGUCUGCAUCAUACAAGAAGAAGUUGACCGAGCGCUUCAUGGAGGAGAUCAGUCUUCAUUUAGAAAAUGCUUUGUCCCAGUCUCAGGAGCUACAACAUGCUUUGCAGGAUCAGUCCGGAGUUCAGCCAGAAGUUCUCAUGUUCCCCAGUACAGCAAGGAGCUGUCGGCAAGACUGUACCAGCGAGCUCGGAUUCAGUCUCUGUGUCACAUCUCUGAUCGGCUUCAGUCUCAUUGAAUCUAGAGAUGAAAUUAUCGAAUGCAUUAAAAGUGUGUCAAGCAAAACUCCCUCAGUAACCAAGACCUCCACAGAAAUAGUGAAGAAUGUAUUCGAAAGCAUCCUCGCAUCUCUAAUCGAUGUCGACACUCUGAACACAGAUAAGGACAUUGACAGACUUUCUCCUGAUAGCAUGACCAGUACUCUUGCUAGUCAUGUCUAUAAUGUGAAAAGAGCAUGCGAAUGUAUCCUUCAAAGGAUUAACUCAGAGGAGAGCCAACGUUCACUCCACGAGCCAGCAGAUAGAGCUGACGAAAGAAAUCAGACCGCGUUCGGUCCGGCAGACGAAUCGGAUCUCGAUCACGGAAACCUCCAGGAUUUUUCUGUGACAGACAUUACGGAUAAAAGUCCCCUCGAGGAGGUCACUGCUCCUUCUGAAGAAGUUCCUCAAUCUGAAAAUGUUCCAUCUGAGGUUGAUGAACAAGAUCUGACUACAACCCAGGAUCAUGCUUUCAUGAAAAUCAUAAAAAAAGUAAAGAAUAUAUGGAUCUCCAAAAACCAAGACGAAUCUUCUGAAGCUGAGGUUAAGGGCGAGCAUGAGGAUCAGAGCAUCUCGGAGGAUUUCAUUCCACCACCUCAGACCUCAACUACUGAACAAGACCUCAAGACCUCUGAUUAUGUGGCUGAAGAACAACUUGUGCCUGAAUUAGUUGUUGAUCUUGACCAACCUAGUUCUUCUGAGGAAACUGUUCCCUCUGAGGUUGAUGAACAAGACCUUCAGCUGAUUGGACAUCAGGAAGUUGCAAGCCCUGUUCCUUCACCAGAAACUAGUGAGAUGGCAGUUGUAGACUCCCCAAGAGGAUCUGCCAAGCUUUCUAGAACAAAGGCCAGCCCUCUCCCUGACAAAUCUGACACCGAAUCAAGUACCAUCAUCCAGGAGAAAGAGGAUGUCUUCAAGCAAACUCUGUCUCUGACCGACAUGGUAAAGGCUGUAAGCUUGAAGUCAGCAGAGAAGAAAGAAGUAAAAGAAAUUCUCCUGACCGAGUUCAAAAAACUCAGUUUGAUGAGUUCCAUAUCCCUUGACCAGGACCAGUCUUCUGGACCUGAGGUAACAGGCAAGGAGGAGGAGGAGGAGGAGGAGGAGGAGGAAAAAAGCAUCAUGGCUGUUUCUGAAGCCAUAAGCCACCUUGAUGACCUUCUGGCUUCAAGAGAUGAAAUGUCUGACUCUGACUUGGCUAAAAGCGUUCAUGAGAAAGUCACUGCUACUUUUGGAGAAGUGACCAACCUCGAGGAGGACACUGCUGAAAAAGCAACCAUCGAGGUCCCUGUUCCCCUCUCCAUCCCUUACAUAUCUGACAUUGACAUGGUGAUGUGCCCCAAAUCGCUUGACCAGGACCAGUCUUCAUCUAUUGAAGAAGAUCUCAGACCUGAAGAAGGUGCUGAAGAAAUGUCUGACUCCGACUUGGCUAAAAGCGUUCGUGAAAAAGUCACUGCUACUUUUGGAGAAGUGACCAACCUCGAGGAGGACACUGCUGAAAAAGCAACCAUCGAGGUCCCUGUUCCCCUCUCCAUCCCUUACAUAUCUGACAUUGACAUGGUGAUGUGCCCCAAAUCGCUUGACCAGGACCAGUCUUCAUCUAUUGAAGAAGAUCUCAGACCUGAAGAAGGUGCUGAAGAAAUGUCUGACUCUGACUUGGCUAAAAGCGUUCGUGAGAAAGUCACUGCAGAGAAGGAAGAAGUCAAAGAAAUUCUCCUGACUGAGUCCAAAGAACUCAGUCUGCUGAUCUCGAAAGUCAUUGACCAUGACCAUUUUUCUGGACCUGAGGUAAAGAGCAAGGAUGAGAUUAAGGGUGAAGAUGAGCGUGUCUCAGAUGAUUUCAUCCCACCACCUCAGACUUCCGCAAUUGAAGAAGAUCUCAGACCUGAAGAAGAAGAAGAAGAAGAAGAAGAAGAAGAAGAAGAAGAAGCUGAAGAACAACUUCAGGAUGAUUCAGAUGUUGAUCAUGAGCAAGUCUUGGCCACUCCUUCUGAGGAGAAUCUUCCUUCUGAGGUUACUGACCAAAACGGUCAGCCGAUUGAACAUCAGGAAGUUGCAAGCCCUGUUCCUUCACAAUGCUCUAGUGAGAUGGCAGACUCCCCGAGAGGACCUGCCACGAUAAGGACAGGUCGUAGAACAAAGGCCAGCGCUCUGCAAAACAUACCCCUCUCCAUCCCUGACAAAUCUGACACCGAAUCAAGUACCAUCAUCCACAAGAGAGAGGAUGUCUUCAAGACAACUCUGUCUCUGACCGACAUGGUAAAGGCUGUAAGCUUGAAGUCAGCAGAGAAGAAAGAAGUAAAAGAAAUUCUCCUGACCGAGUUCAAAAAACUCAGUUUGAUGAGUUCCAUAUCCCUUGACCAGGACCAGUCUUCUGGGCCUGAGAUAACAGGCAAGGAGGAGGAGGAGGAGGAGGAGGAGGAGGAGGAAAAAAGCAUCAUGGCUGUUUCUGAAACCAUAAGCCAUCUCGAUGAACCUCUGGCUUCAAGAGAUGAAAUGUCUGACUCUGACUUGUCUAAAAGCGUUCAUGAGAAAGUCACUGCUACUUCUGGAGAAUCUGGAGAAGUGAGCAACCUCGAGGAGGACACUGCUGAAAAAGCAACCAUCGAGGUCCCUGUUCCCCUCUCCAUCCCUUACAUAUCUGACAUUGACAUGGUGAUGUGCCCCACAUCGCUUGACCAGGACCAGUCUUCAUCUAUUGAAGAAGAUCUCAGACCUGAAGAAGGAGCUGAAGAACAACUUUCGGAUGAUUCAGUCCUGACCACUCCUUCUGAGACUGCUGCCCAAGACCUUCAGCUGAUUGGUCAUCAGGAACAUCCCAGCCUCGUUCCAUCACCACCCUCUACUAAGAAGCCAGACUCUACAAAAGGAUCUGCCAGGAGAAAGACACGUCCUACCAAAAAGUUCAGGUUCUUAUCCAACAUGGCAAAAGGCAUGAAGAAGAGCUCUGGCUGUUUAAGUACCACAAGUGAUAACUUGUCUCUGGCUUCGUCCAGAACAUUUGACCUUGAAGAAGUCACAGAAGAAAGUACUGAGCACAGACCAGCAACGUCUGACGAUGUGUCAAAAAAGUGUUUCCUGGUUUAAACACCAGGGAUCUUCUAGCAAAGCCUAAGGUUCCAUCAAUGAAAUCUUCACUAUGUGAAAAAGAACAAGAUUCUACCGUCUCCCUCGAUCAGGACCUGUGCACUGAGAGAAAAAGUUGGAGAAGACCUUAGAGUAUGAGGUGAUGUGCUCUCUUUCCUCUCAUGUAUGUGGCCCUGAAGAUUCUUCUUGCUUGAAUGAGAAUGCUCACAGAGAGACUUCCAAAUUUGUAGCAAAUGUUUGGAUAAGGUCCUUUUCUGUUAAAGUGUGAUGAUGCUCCUGGACACAGAACGUAGAAGCUACAUAAAGGCUUCAGUGACCCGUUCAUUAUGUCACAGUAACUACUAGAUACACUUUUGUUAUUGCACUGUUUUAUAGUGACACUGUAUAUACACCAUACUGUACUUUACAUGCUAUUUAUUGACCUUUCUACUCAUGUGUUACUCAGGAACUCCAUUUGUACAAUAAACGCUUGUCAUGGGAUUCA